AUGAGCUGGCGUCUAGUCAAGUUGCUCUCUUUCCUGUUUGUUUGGGAGCAGAUCGCUGUACAGGAAUCAUUCCAAUCCCAGGAACAUGUCUCCAAAGAGUUUGACUGGCUCAUCUCUGAUCGAGGUCCAUUUCACCAUUCUAAGAGUUACCUGUCCUUUGUGGAGAGGCAUCGGCAGGGCUACUCAACUAGAUACAAGAUUUACAGAGAGUUUGCCCGCUGGAAGGUGAGGAACGUGGCAGUGGACCGUAAGGAACCUCUUAAAAGUAUUCUGCCCUUGAUGCCUGAAUUCCAGCGAAGUUUGAGACUUCUUGGACGGAGGCCAAGUUCUCAACAAAUUAUAGAGACCAUCAUCAAGAAAUACGGGACUCAUCUUGUAGUCUCUGCCACUCUUGGAGGUGAGGAGGCAUUGACAAUGUAUAUGGACAAGAGUCGCUUGGAUCGUCAUGCAGGGAACGGAAACCAGAGUGUAGAGUCUCUGCAUCAUUUGGCAUCAUCUUAUUUUGUAGACAGGGAUGGAACUAUGAGAAAACUUCAUGAGAUUCAAAUAUCAACAGGAGCCAUUAAGGUCACUGAAACUCGUACUGGACCAUUGGGGUGUAGCAGCUAUGACAAUCUCGAUUCAGUCAGUUCGGUGCUAUUACAGAGCACAGAAAGCAAACUCCAUCUUCAGGGUCUACAGAUCAUUAUGCCUCAGUACUUACAGGAGAAGUUUGUUCAGGCUGCAUUGAGUUAUAUCAUGUGUAAUGGGGAAGGCGACUAUGUGUGCAGGAACAGUCAGUGCUCCUGUUUGUGCUCUGAAUCCUUCCCCCAGUGUAACUGUCCCUUCACUGACAUCCAGAUCAUGGAGAACACGCUGAGCAACCAGGGCAAAGCCUGGGCACAGGCAUACAAAGAUUUUGAAAGCUCAGAUGAGUUUAAGUCCUUCAUGAGACGCUUACCCAACAGUCACUUUUUAAGCAUUGGAGCCAUUCACCAGCACUGGGGAAAUGAUUGGGAAUUGCAAAACCAUUAUAAACUGUUGCAAAGUUCACUGGAAAUACAACGUCAAAAGAUGCAGCAUACAGCACGAAAGUUAUUUGGCCUUAGCUUACGCUGUCGACACAAUCCAAAUCACCAGCUACCCAGAGAAAGAUCAAUUCAACAGUGGCUGGCCCGGGUGCAGUCUCUCCUUUACUGCAAUGAAAACGGCUUCUGGGGCACAUUUUUGGAAAGUCAGCGUAGUUGUGUUUGCCAUGGAGGCAGCAUGCUUUGCCAGCGACCCAUUCCUUGCAUUAUAGGAGGAAACCAAAGCUGUGCAAUGUGCAGUAUGGCUAACAUCUCACUAUGUGGCUCCUGUAAUAAGGGUUACAAAUUAUACCGUGGUCGGUGCGAGGCACAGAAUGUAGAUUCAGAGCGUAGUGAGCAGUUCAUAAGUCUGGAAACAGAGCUGGAUUUCCAAGACCAGGAGCUGCGUUACUUAUUGCAGAAGAUGGACUCCCGCCUUCAUGUGCAUACAACUUUCAUUAGCAAUGAGAUUCGAUUAGACACCUAUUUUGACCCACGCUGGAGAAAAAGAAUGUCACUUACCCUAAAAAGCAACAAAAACCGAGUUGAGUUCCUCCAUAUGGUCAUUGGAAUGUCUAUGCGUAUCUGUCAGGCCAGGAAUACCACUCUGGAUCCAAGCUUCUUUGUAUAUGUCAACCCAUUUAGUGGCAGCCAUUCUGAAGGUUGGAGUAUGCCAUUUGGAGAACAUGGUUACCCAAGAUGGGAGAAGACACGUCUUCAAAACAGUCAGUGUUUUAAUUGGACUCUACUCCUGGGAAACCGCUGGAAGACCUUUUUUGAAACUGUACACAUUUACCUUCGCAGUCGUACACGUCUACCUUCACUCCUUCGCAAUGACACAGGACAAGGCCCAGUGGACUUGUCGGAUCCUACAAAAAGGCAGUUUUAUGUGAAAAUAUCUGAAGUCCAGUUAUAUGGUUACAGCUUAAGAUUUAACCCAGAUCUUUUACGUAGUGCAGUUCAGCAAGUUAAUCAGUCUUACUCCCAAGGUGGGCAAUUUUAUUCUUCAUCCUCGGUUAUGUUGCUUAUGUUGGACAUCCGGGAAAGGAUCAACCGCUUAGCUCCCCCAGCUGGACCAGGAAAACCCCAACUGGACCUCUUUUCCUGUAUGCUGAAGCAUCGCUUGAAGUUGACCAAUAGUGAAAUCAUACGGGUCAAUCAUGCACUGGACUUGUACACCACUGAGAUUCUGAAGCAACCUGAUCAUAUGACAGUCAAAUUAUGUUAA